AUGUCCGACACUCCAGCCAACAAAUACCAAAUAACCUUGUCUGACGAAUCCAAGGAAAGAAUCGCCAAGAUCUUGGAAUACUCCAAAACCAUUGCCCAUUACGGUUUCAUUCCAUUUGUGUUGUACUUGGGUUGGUCCAGCACUCCAAGCAAGCCAUCCUUGUUCAACUUGUUGAGCCCAUUCCCAUCUGCCUAG